AUGGAUUCGGUGGAUAACUCUGAUGAUGCCCUUGAUUUGGUGGGUGAUGGUGGAUUGACUACGAAUGCAGCCAGCACUUCUACACGUAGUGUGGAGAAUGUAGGAGAUGGGAAUGGAAAGCUUGAGGCUAACGGGUUGUGUUUAAAUGCUGCUCAUGGGUCUGAAACUAGUGGGAAUUUUGAUGGCAUUGCUUUUCGCAAUGGUGGAGUUGCCGAGGAAGGUAUUGGGAGCAAGCAAGUAGGGAGUUCAUCGAAUUCAUCCCCUAGAUUGUCAUUGUCUCCUGCUGCAGGGACAUCUCCUACUAUGAAAGGCUACGGUUUGAAGAAAUGGAGGCGAAUUAGGAGAGAUGUGGUUAAGGAUCGUAGUGGUGGUAUGGAUAGUGGCAAAGCUAUGAAGAGGGGGUUGUCCGGUUCUGGUAAUCCGGUCAGACAAGGUAAUCUCGCGUCAUCGAUGGGGGGUAAGCUAUCUAAUGAGAUUUUUAUUGGUUCUGUUGGAGGAAAUGGUGUUCCUGGGUCUAGUUCGGACUCUAGGUUUGCGGUUGGUUCUGCUUUUGCUGCUGGUGCAGACUCCGAGAAUAGUAUUAGUGACGACCAGAGUAGUAAGUCGUCAACUGCAGCCAGUGCUCCAAGAACAAGGAAUGACCUUGCUGGUGGAUCGGGUAAUGGGUGGGAGAAGAACAGAACCAAACCUUUGACUGCAAAGGUUGCUGUAAUCUCGGCUCAACGUGGUCAACUGGGGAAGGGGCAUGUGGAGAGUAGUAAGAAAGCCAGAGGAGAGAGGGCCAAGAUUGAGAAAGAAAGCUCUCAGUCCAGCUUGGAAUCUGAUUCACGAAGCUCCAACUUUGUUUUUACUCAGGGUCUUUACUCAGUUACCAGCAAUGGAAAGCAGAGUGAAACAUCAUUGAAUGAUGAUGAAGAGAAUAGUUAUGAAGCACGUGCAGGUGAGCGUCAAGGUAGUGAGGAAAUUCACACCGGCUAUGAUCAUGAGAGUGUUGAAGAAGUUGGAUACCGUUCUCAAGAUGGUUCAGCAGUAGAUGCAUCAUCACAGAAUAAGAAUGAGAAAAGUGAGAAGAACCACCCUUUGAAAGAGAAGGAUCCUUUAGUCGAAUCCAUGUCUCUGUUGCAAUCUGUGCAAGAAGCCCUUGAAAGUGAGAUUCAAAAACUGGGGGAGAUUGGAAAGAUCAGCAGCUACCAUACAGAUCCUCCUCAGACAGAUCCAGAAGUUUCUUCAAGCCCAUUCUCCCGGUUUGAAGCUGAAACCGUUGCAAUGUUAUCCGAAAAUGUAAAACAUCUAGAAAGCAGGCUGAAGGAGGCAUUGACAAUGCUGUGCGCAAAGGAGGCCAGGGUUGCUGAACUAGAAGACACCUUGCAGCGUGGCAGGUCAGAAAGUCAACAAACAAGUACCACCGAGACAGAGAUUGAGGCUAUGUUCAAGCAGAAGCUGGAGGCUGAGGUCCAGUGUCUGGCAUUAACAAAGACACUAGAGCAUUCUACACCUGGAGAAAUGGAAGCCCGAAUUGGGGAGCAAGAGCAAAUGGUGCUAAAGCUCAGGCAAGUAGAAAGCAAGGCUGAGGAGGUGAAGCGAGGCGUGGAAGAACUGGAGAAGUACAGUGAGGAGGUUUUGGGUGCAGAGAAGGAGGCAUCGGAGAUUCGUCAGGGGUUGUGCAAAGCUGCUUCUUGCUUCUCGAUCCAGUUGAUGCUGCUGAUCUUGGUGGUUUUCUUCGUGAUUUCGCAGCUGUCUCCCAAUGCUGCCGUUGUACCUACAUGA